CUUCUCUUAGAUGGAGGAACAAGUUCUGACACGAGUGCGGAGGAAAAUUAGAAACAAAAAGUCUGCUCAGGAGAGCCGCAGGAAGAAGAAGGUGUAUUUGGGAGGUUUAGAGAGCAGGGUCUUGAAAUACACAGCCCAGAAUCUGGAGCUACAGAACAAAGUACAGCUCCUGGAGGAACAGAAUUUGUCCCUUCUGGACCAGCUGAGGAGACUCCAGGCCAUGGUGAUUCAGGUAUCAGACAAAACGAGCAGCACCAGCACCUGCGUCUUGGUCCUACUUUUCUCCUUCUGUCUGCUCAUCGUACCUGCUAUGUACUCCUCUGACACAAGGGGGAGCCUGCCAGCUGAGCACGGAGACCACUGGCCCUCAGGAACCACUGGCCAGCGCACUGGUCAGACAUGAUGCUACAGGACUGAGGCUGAGGGCUGCAGUCAUAGUUGUAAUAGCGGCCUGGCGCAGAGGAAGACAAAAUAAGGUUCCUUGUGGCCCCACAGCUGCCUUAAGACUCCUUAGGAUCCUCCAACUCACCAUUCCACAGCAGUCGCUCAUAGGCUUCUUGGCCCCGUCUAAGGAUGGAAGAAAACUUAUCCUGGACGUCCUGUGCCCCACACAGACCCGCCAUCUGGACCAUCACAGCCACGGCUGCCAGCCACAGUCCUCCACAGUAAGCACUGAUCAGGGACACGGGUGUGGGGGUCAGACUGGCAGCUCCAGCCACUCCCAUACAACAUCACAAGCAAUGACUCAUUCUUCCUGGAGCCCACAAUUCCUUGGUGCCCAGUUCCCCACCUCAGGCACCCUGGAAAUCCCUACUCCCCUACCUGGGGCCUGUGGUGAUCCAUCCAUCAUAGGUCUGGUCUGCAUAGCCUCCAUUCUCAAUGAGUCCAUCUUGGUCCUUGUCAAACUUCAUUUCAGACUCCAUCACAACCUAGAGAGGAACCAAGACACUGAAGACCUAGGUAGAUGCUAAAGAAAGACAACAACAGACCGCUGGGCUUUCCCCAAACACCAGUCGUGCCCUUGGCACAGUGGCCACUGCACAUGCAUGUCUUACCAGGCACACAGGCCACAUGUCUCUCAGGAAGCCCUGGUCCCCCGUCAGGUAAUAGUCUCGAUAAACCUGCAGCACAAACUUCAGGUUUAAGUCCUUCCAGUCCGCGGUAUCGUGGACCACAUAUGCAUUGACUCGGAGCCAUGGCUCGUCAUCUGUGGGAGGGGAGGAAACCUGACUGAUUUGCAUUGGUGGGUAGAGGGUGCAAAAGUUGAGGGAGGGAAGUGAACCCUGGGGUGGAGGUACUUUUACCUGGGUCCCCAAUAUCAUGGGGGAUGACGUUCCUCCUUUUCACAGGUGCCAUUACCCCACUCAUCAGGUACUGUCGCCGUGUCAGGUCCUCCCUGAGUGUGGCCAGAGCUGGGGGAGCAGACACACAAGUGGGGGGGCAGGGAAUGGGCAGACUUGAGGUGGGGCUCAGAACUGUGUUUACGACCCUGGAGGGGAGCCAGUAAGCAGGACGAGUGGAGAGGAGGGUGGAGACAAUCUGAGGGGCCACAAAGAUUCAGGGCCGGGGUGGGGGGAGACGGCAGAAGGGGCACAAAAGGGACCCUCACCCAUGUCAUACUGCAGGCUGAGCUCGAGUUUGGGCCAGAGCAUGACGAGGGCAAAGGAAGCGUAAAAGUGGACGUCAUAUGUGUUGUACAUGCGAUAUUCCUGGCCUGGGGGAAGGAGGGAGACACAGUUGCCAGAAUUCCUGCUUCCCCUGGAAUUGGGGAUGGGGUACUGGCCUACCCCACACCUGCCGCUUACCCCUUCAUCCCAACCAAUCCCCCGGGGUAGGCAAAACCCACUGUCCUGCCUUGUGGUAGGGCACUAACUGGCCUCGUGGAUACUGUGGCCCACCAGCUGCCCGUACCUUCCAGGUAGCCAAAUCGACCGUAUUCCUGGAGGAUGGGGCGGAGCUGACACAUGCUCCCCACCAGCUCCUCUGGUAGGGAGUCCUCAGGAACUUCCAGCCAUACUGUGCCUCCAUCAGCCAGGAAGUAUAGUUCAUUGAAGAGCGCAGAUUUGUACCAGGCAGGCAAGGAUCUGGGGAGUCAGGAGGAAGGAACGGUCUGAUGAGUGUGGAUCUCCCAGGAAGGGAAGGAUUCUGGAGUUCUGCAGAGCAGGGGGCACCAAAUGAAUCCCAGCCCAACUCUGCUGACUGUGGUUGAGUGGAGACUGAACCAAGGAGUCCCAACUGGAGUGUGAGUGCCCAGGAGAAAGGCAAGAGAUCAGCCCCAUUGGCACCUGUCGUCCAAUAUUGGGCUCUGCCAAGCUGAGAUCUUCUCUUCCCAGUCCACAUACCGGCACAGGGCAUAGUGGCUAAGGGCAGGUGCUGCAUUACCAUCGCGGCCAAAGAACCUCGUGUACCGCCUGGGAUGGAAAGAAAGGGGAGGAAUGAGAACUCGGGUUCCAGGUCAGAGCUCCAGCACCUUGGAUCCCUGUACUCUCUUGGUCCCUUCACCUGUAGUAGACCUGGCCCUUAGCUCCAAACAUGAUUCUGGGCAUAUCCCAAGCCAGUGAGAACUCCAGGCGGCACUGGCCUCGAGGUGGCAGCUUGCCUGUAACACACACAGCCCCAGCGAUGCCUACUCCUUUCUGCGAGGGGGUGCUUCGGCCUGAGAGAAGCACAAGAGAAAUCGGCAUAGGCACCCCCUUCAGCCCCAGGGGUCCCUAAUAUGGGAAAAUAAGGCCUGUUCGUUACCAGUGCUCUCACCCCUCCUCCCAAGACGGGAACAACCUCUCUUCCCACCACCUCCCUAUCAAAUCCCCCCAUCACCAGCAGGGGAGUCCAGCUGUCCAUCUUGAAGUAGAUCUUGCCACACCUGCUGCCCAGUGCUGUCAGGGUCAAAGGCUGUGAUGUGGGUUACCGUGGUAGCCGCCUGUUAAGGGGCCAAAGACUCUUUGAGGGGAGGCUCCCCAAGUAGGCUGGCUUUGGACUACUCUCCAGUGCCCAUUAUAAUUCCCACCAGAGGCUUAAGGGCUGUAGUGAGGAUGGGACUCAGGAACUGAGGAAAGGAAGAGCCCGUGGUGGGAUGCAGUGCACUUGGGGGUCAGGCUGAGGGGAGGCGUUCGGGGGCUAAGGUCUAGGGGAGGCUCUAAUGUACCGUGAGUCGUGCGGCCACAGCCAUCGUGUAGGGAUUCGGAAGGGUUGGAUGAUGCAGCAGCAGCCCCUGUGUGGUCUCCCCAUCACGCUCCAGACAGAAGGGCUCAUUCCACAAUCCCCCUGGGGCAUCAUCUCCAACCCCCAGUCCAUUCCGCAUGGAGAACAUGAUGGACACAUCCAGCGCUUCGUCCCCUUCAUUUUCCACAUCCCAUACAAAGACUCCUACAGGCAGGCUGCUGUCCUGGGAGCAAAAGAUCAGACUCAGAUGGUCCCAGUGUAGCCCCUCCUGGCCCCACUCCUCCAAACCGAGGACCUGGCUCAAACACUAUCCCCUGCCCCCAGUAUACUCUCUUUAGUUUCCACUUGCAUCUCCCCAUAUUCCCAGGCAGGGGGUCUUACCACUGAAUGGAGGUCCUGGAAAACCAGCAUGUCAUGUUCCAGUCCUCUCUCUUUCAAGGAUUGUGGAAUUUACAGCAGAGACAGAUCUCAGGGAGGGGAGGGCAAUGGAGCAAACACAGUGGGAGCCUCACCUGGUAGUCAUGGGGCAAGAUGGGUGUGAUCUGGCGACAGGUGAGGGUGACAUUCUGGCCAGGAAGCUGAUAGACAGUCCAGGCUCGGGGAUAGAGGGCGUGGUAGAAUGCAAAGUACCCACACAGGCCCCAGUUCCAGCUGCGCAGGACACUUGGGCGCUCCACGGACAGGACUUGCUGGUACACGGUCUUCCCCUCCCGACGCAAGCACACUGUGAACUACACCAAGAAGGCAGAUAGGCUGGGAUGGGGUAACCACAGCCACCUCAAACUCGUCUCCCCUCCCCUUUCCGAGCCUACAGGGGUUAUCACUGCACCACAGCCUCGCUCAUCCGCAAGGCCCCUCUCCCACACUGUGAGUCACCACCAGGUCCUACCUCCUCCUCCUCUCUCCCCCGUUUCCUCUCCUUUCUUACUGUGGUGGUCUUUGUGCCCUCACCAUUUCUUCCUUUAUGCUCUGCCUCUUCCCAUCUGUUAUCAGUGAUCUUCUUACAGACAAAUCAAGAUGUGCUAGUCUGUGUUUAUGUUUCAGUGACUCCCCAUGGCCCUCAGGCUAAAGUCUAAACUCUUCUACCUGGCUUUCAAGGCCCUUCUUGAUCUGGCCUCUCCCUGCCCAUCAGACUGAUUACCUGUUGAAGCACUUACAUUCUGGUCAUGUCAAAUACUCACUGUUUCUUGAACACACUACAUUUCCUCCUCCAUGCCUUUGCUCCUGCUCAUUCUCCAUCUGAUGAAACUGCUCAUCCUUCAAAGCCUAGGUCAAAUGCCAUCUCCUCUCCUCAAGCAGUGAGUCAUUGUCCUGUAUGUCCCCCUACCUCUGUAGUCUAGCAUAAUGUUUUUGUUUACAUUCUGACUCCCUGAUUGCUCUAUGGGUUCAUUGAGGGCAGGGCCCUCUCCAGUUCACUGAGGCCCCCCCCACCUCCACUACAACUCCACCACCAGAAACAGGCACAGUUGGCAUGUAUAGGGAGAGAAUGGGCAAAGUAUCCAUUUUUUCUCAGUGUACUAUCUAUCCCUCUCAUUUUGGUUCUUAUGUGGUCUCACGGUCUCCAUUUUCUCAAAGUCCUAUUUGCCUAAUAAAAAUUUAAGCUUCUGGAGGAUAGGGGAUAUGAGGGGUUAAUAUCUCUUCCCUUGCUUCAACGUAUGCCUGAUAUUUUUAUGUAUGUAUACAAUAAUUUUUAAUAUUGCUGGAAUGGUAGAGAAUGGUUAAGACCACAUCGAGAGCUGGUUCUGAAUCCCAACGUGCUUCCAUUUGCCAACGACAUGACCUUGGGGGUGUUUACUAAAUCUCUUUGGAUCUUAGUUUCCUCAUCUAUAAAGGGGGCAUAAUAAUGGUACUUACCUUGCAGGACUGUCUUUAAAUAUUAAAUAUCCUACAAAAUG